AUAACUGUCAUGGAAAACUAAAAAGUAAUUCAUUUCAUCUCCUUCCACCAAAACCCUAGUUUAGUUUUCUCCGGAAUCUCUCUCACUCUCACUCUGUUUCUCCCUCUCUCCUCUGCGAGUGCAGCCACCAUGACGGUGGACAUUGAUGCAAUGGCUGCUGAAGUUGGCGUCGAUCUUACGCAACUCGAUUUGGACUCUAUUCGUCUCCCUCCCGGCGAAGAUUUCGGCAUCCCAAGUGAUGAUGAAGCUCUUAGAGAAGAGGAGAACUCGGAUUUCGACCAAGGUUAUGGAAACAUAAUUGUGGUGGAUCAUUUGCCACAAGUUCCGAAAGAGAAGUUUGAUAAGCUAGGAAGUGUUAUUCGCAAGAUUUAUAGCCAAAUUGGUGUCAUUAAAGAAGAUGGUUUUUUGAUGCCUGUUGAUCCUGCUACUGAAAAGAGCCUUGGUUUUUGCUUCAUUGAGUAUAAUACACCUCAGGAAGCUGAGCUUGCCAAGGAGAAGACUAAUGGGUAUAAGUUGGAUAAGUCACAUAUAUUUUCUCUCAAUUUGUUCGAUGAAGUUGAUAAGUUUAUGAAGGUUCCUGAUCAGUGGGCUCCACCAGAAACUAAGCCUUAUACUCCUACGGAAAAUCUACAACAUUGGCUAACUGAUGCAAAAGCUCGAGAUCAGUUUGUCAUUCGUUCCGGUCAAGAUACCGAGGUCUUAUGGAAUGAUGCUAGACAAAUGAAGCCUGAUCCUGUUUAUAAACGUCCUUUUUGGACCGAAAGCUUUGUUCAAUGGUCUCCUUUGGGCAGUUAUCUGGCUACAGUCCACCGCCAAGGUGCUGCUGUCUGGGGAGGGGCGUCUGGUUUCAAUCGCAUACAUCGCUAUGCUCAUCCUAUGGUUAAAUUCAUUGACUUCUCUCCUGGAGAGAACUACCUAGUAACUUACAGUACCCAUGAACCAAGCAAUCCGCGAGACACCCAUAGGGUUGUAAUCAAUAUCUUUGAUGUAAGGACGGGAAAAGUGAGGAGAGAUUUUAAAGGAAGUGCUGAUGAGUUUGCAGUUGGUGGAACUGGUGGUUUGACUGGUGUCAAUUGGCCCAUUUUUAAAUGGGCUGGUGGAAAAGAUGACAAGUAUUUUGCCAGAAUUGGGAAGAAUGUUGUGUCUGUAUAUGAAACAGAGACCUUUAGCCUUAUAGACAAAAAGUCUAUAAAGGUGGAAAAUGUUAUGGACUUCUGCUGGUCUCCUACAGAUCCGAUAUUGGCACUUUUUGUUCCAGAGCUUGGGAACCAACCAGCAAAGGUGAGUCUCUAUCAAAUCCCUGGCAAAGUUGAGAUCAGGCAGAAGAAUCUAUUCAGUGUCAGUGAUUGCAAAAUGUAUUGGCAAAGCAAUGGAGAAUACCUUGCUGUUAGAGUUGAUAGGUAUACAAAGACCAAAAAAAGCACUUAUACUGGCUUUGAGCUUUUCCGUAUCAAGGAACGUGACAUCCCUAUCGAAGUCUUGGAGCUUGAAAAUAAGAAUGAUAAAAUUAUCGCGUUUGCAUGGGAGCCCAAAGGCCACAGAUUUGCUGUUAUCCAUGGUGAUAAUCCAAGGCCUGAUAUAAGCUUUUACUCGAUGAAGACUGCUCACCACACAGGUCGAGUUUCUAAGCUCACAACUCUUAAGAGCAAGCAAGCAAAUGCUCUUUACUGGUCACCUGGCGGUCGCUAUAUUAUAUUAGCAGGGUUGAAGGGUUUUAACGGGCAGCUUGAAUUUUUCAAUGUUGAUGAGCUUGAAACUAUGGCCACAACUGAGCAUUUCAUGUGCACAGACGUCGAGUGGGAUCCUACUGGAAGGUAUGUUGCAACUGCUGUUACUUCGGUUCAUGAGAUGGAGAAUGGGUUCCACAUAUGGUCCUUCAAUGGGAAAUCACUCUACAGAGUACUGAAGGACCAUUUCUUCCAGUUCAUAUGGCGUCCCAGACCGCCAACCUUGUUGACUCCAGAAAAGGAGGAGGAAAUCGCAAAGAACUUGAAGAAGUACAGCAAAAAGUAUGAAGCAGAAGACCAGGAUGUGUCUCUAUUAUUGAGUGAACAGGAUCGUGAGAAGAGGAGGUUGUUGAAGGAAGAAUGGAGUUCAUGGAUCAACGUAUGGAAGAAGUACCACGAAGAAGAUAAAUUGGAGAGAGAAAAGCUCCGAGAUGGUGAAGUUAGUGACGAAGAAGAGGAAUACGAGGCUAAGGAAGUUGAAUGUGAGGAGGUCAUAGGUGUUGAAGAAGAAAUUGUAUCCUUUGAUUACGAGCAGUAGUAAGGCCAUCAACCUUCCCCUGCUAUCAUUUUUGCUUCACCAUUACUUUGAAGGAGCGAGUUGCACCUUCCCCUGCCAUAUCAUCUUUGCUUCACCAUUAGUUUAAAGGCGCGAGUUGCUGAGAGGACGAUCGACUUUGUGGCGGAUAAUUUUGUUUUGCAUUGGGAUCAUUUUGUUUAUUGCUUCCUUGUUUUCUUUUGUUGUUUUGAUAUGUACCUCGUACGGGUUUGUAGAAUAGGUUCGGAUCUGAUGGCAAUUGUUUGUCAAUCCUAUUUACUUGAAAAGGUUUUGUUGUUCAGAGAGAUGAUAUUACUUGCUCAUAAUGCUUACCCAGGUAACUCAAA